AUUUCUUUAUAUAUUAAAUAUUUUAAUAAGAAUUUUAGCUUUUAUUAUUUCAUUAUAUCUAUUCACUAUAACACUUGAUUUAAUGACAUCAGCAUUCAUAUUAUUAAGUCGUUCAACAUUUGGACAAGUGUUUCGAAAUCGAAUAUUUUUGAAAAAUCCUAUUAUUGGUGUUAUGUUUGGAAUAAUUAUAACAACUAUUCUACAAAGUUCAUCCACUGUUACAUCGAUUAUUGUUUCGAUGGUUGGUAGUGGAAUUGUUGAUGAUGUUCGUUCGGUUAUUCCAAUGAUUAUGGGUGAGAAUAACAAAUAUAUGAAAAAAAAAAAUGUAAUGCUAAUCUUGAAAACCAUUUAA